AUGGGGCAGCACGGAGGCAAGGCCCAAGACGGCCAAUCUAGCAGCAACGUCAAUCGUGCAUACGAUGUGCUCAAGAAGCUCACUCCCAAGGCAUGCGGCGGGCCCCGUCUGGAGGAGCAGGCCUGCAGGCGGCGCUCCGCCAGCGCCUGCCCAGAUUCCCAGCUUCCUGCCACGCUGACUGCUUUGAAUCUGGCCCUUGCUUUCGUGCAGCUGCUCAUCGACGGCAAGUGGGAGGAUGCGGCGGGCAGCAAGACCUUUGAGGACCUCGACCCGCGCACGGGAGAGAAGCUUGUGGAUGUGGCGGAGGCGCAGGCUGAGGAUGUGGACCGCGCAGUGCGGGCCGCCAAGAAGUGUCUGCCCUACUUUCCUUUCAACCUCGGGUACCCGCCGCAGGCCUACGACGACGGCCCCUGGCCGCGCAUGACUGCUGAGAAGCGCAGCCGCGUGAUGUUCCGCCUGACGGACCUGGUGGAGAGCAAGACGAUCGAUGUCCCCGGCACCGCGCAGCACUUCCGCUACUUUGGCGGGUUCUGCGACAAGAUUGAGGGCUCCACUAUCCCCGUCGCCCAAGAGGGCUUCACUGCCUACACGCUGCGUGAGCCCAUUGGCGUGGUCGGCCAGAUCAUCCCUUGGAACUUCCCCAUCCUCAUGGCCGGCUGGAAGCUGGCCCCCGCGCUGGCCGCCGGAUGCACCAUCGUGCUCAAGGUGUCCCAGUACACCCCGCUGAGCGCGCUGCGCCUGGGCGAGCUGGCCCUGGAGGCGGGCGUGCCGCCCGGCGUGCUCAACAUCCUGCCCGGCAAGGGCAGCGUGUGCGGCGACGCCCUUGCCACCCACCCGCUACUGGACAAGGUCGCCUUCACCGGCUCCACAGAUGUGGGCAGGAGGAUCAUGGAGGGCGCCUCCCAGCACAUCAAGCCCGUCACGCUGGAGCUGGGCGGCAACUCGCCGGUGGUGGUGUGCGGCGAUGCCGACCUGGAGGCGGCGGUGCGGGGCGCCCACGAGGCCCUCUUCUUCAACAUGGGGCAGGCGUGCGAGUGCGGCGCGCGCCUGUUUGUGCAGGAGGGCAUUUACGAUGAGUUUGUGCGCCGCUCCAUUGAGCUGGCCAAGAACCGCAAGGUGGGGGAUCCCUUUGACGAGACCAGCACCCAGGGCCCUCUGGUGUCUCAGAAGCAGGUGGACAAGGUGCUCAAGUAUGUGGAGCUGGGCAAGAAGGAGGGUGCCAAGCUGGGGUGCGGCGGCGGGCGCUGGGGUGACCAGGGCUUUUACGUGGAGCCCACACUGUUCUAUGAUGUGGAGGAUGACAUGGCCAUCGCCAGGGACGAGAUCUUUGGUCCGGUGCAGGUCAUCCUCAAGUUCGGCACCAUCGACGAGGUGAUCCGCCGCGCCAACGCCACCGAGUACGGCCUGGCGGGUGCGGUGUGGACCCAGAGCAUCGACACCAUGCAGGCGCUGACGCGCGGCAUCAAGGCCGGCACUGUCUGGGUCAACACGCACCACGUGAUGGAUGCGGCGGUUCCUUUUGGUGGAUACAAGAGCAGCGGCUACGGGAGGGAGCACGGCGGCGCAGUGCUGGAGCACUACACACAGGCAGGCCGCUGUGCUUACCCCGGGAUGCUGCUUGUGUCUAAAGGUCGCUGUCGUCUGGCCACCCAGGACCAGCGCUCAGCCGCUUCUUACAAGCAGCAGGAGCAGUCUCCAAUGCUGCGUCACUCCUGCCCCCUCCCCCUGCAGACCAAGUCUGUGUACGUCCCGCUGCCCAAGAGCAAGGAGCAGCGCAGCUGGGUCAUCAUGUGA